UGCGAGUUAAAGGUAUAUUUCUUUCCUUUUCCAUUACAGAUAUUUUAGCAUCUCUGUGUUACUUACAAUAGCUUUUAGUAGAUUUAUAUCUAGUGUUGCGGUUGCUGUGAGGUCAGCUUGUUCCUAAAGCUGCUAAAAUUGGUGGGGGAAACCGUUUUGGGGCACAUUCUGACAGUAGUUAGUCUUCAAUGUUUUAUAGUUGAGCAAAUAAUUGAAUAUUUCUGAACAUUUCUUCUGCAUUUGCUUUCUAUGGCAACUUGCCAGGACUUUUUAAAAUCAGAAGAUAUUUGUGUGUUUCUUCUCCUGCCUUGACCAAAAGACAGGAUAAGCAAGGGAUGGUUUGUACACACUUCUUACACAUGGAUAAGACUACACGGAGACAUGUAAUAUGUUGUCAGUAUGAGUAGAUUUGUUUAAAAGAAUUCUUAGUGAUUUUUAUAGCAUCCUUUUUAUAGGGUUAUUUCAUGUGUCAAUAGUAUACCUUUUUUUUUUACUCCUUUUCUAGGUGGGAUCUGCUGAAAUUAGUACUCCUGUUACUAGGAGGAUGACUAAAAGAAGAACUAAGUCAGUUCAUAAGCCAGAGGUGAUUCAGGAAUCUCAGUUUGAAGACUUGGAACAUGCAGAAACAAAGUCAGAUGUCAGUGAUAGCUUAGAGGUGCAGGUUACUAGGAAUGAGAACACAACUGUUCACUCAGCACAAUCAGUUGCAGAACCCCAAGUUGAUGGGGAUGUGUCAGAAACAGAAUCAAACUGCUCUUCUGUGUCUGGUCUCCAGACACCUUUGUUUGUAAGAGUAACACGAAGGCGACAAAUUGUAAUUCCUCAUCAGCCAGAUUCUGCUGACAAAAGGAGACAUGACAGUACACCUUUUAUGAAUAAGUUAAGCAGGAUUCUCGAUGAAGAUAAUGUCUCUGAAGCUGAAUCUUGUUCCUCUGCUGUUUCUGGUGUCCAGAUGCCUAAUGUUACCAGAACUACUAGAAGCAGGCAAAGCAAAAAGAAAUUACAGCCAAAUAGAGUUUGUGAAACCCAGAGCGAAGAUACUUCUGAUGCAGAAUCAUGUUACCUAAGUUUUGAUAUGGAACCAUCCAUCACUAGCAAACGAGUUACUAGAAGCAUGCAAAUGAAAUCACAAGCAAAAACUACUAAGCAGAGUGAGGAAAAAGAUGGAUUUGUUUCAGAAGAUGAGAAUUUAAUUGAGGACACUGUUAAAUCUGAGCCCUUAAUAAUUUCUGAUUCUAGACCUGCAGAACUUAUCUCUGACACACAAGAUGCUUCCACUGUCAUUGAGGGUAAUAAAGAACCCACUUCACCUAAAAGCAAAUGUUCUUCCAAAUCUGCUAAUACAACCCAGAGCCCAGAUGCAAAAAAAGAUGUUUUAAAUGAUUUGACACCCAGCAGUCUUACAAAAAUGAAACAAAUUGACACUAAAUCACCUGCAAAAAAACCAGUAAAAAACUCAGAGUCUCUUGAGGUAGACCAUUCAGAAGCAGCCUGUGGCCAAAUACAGGAAGAUCACAAUAAAAUACUUGAGAGGGAAGGGAAAUUAGAACCAAUGGAUAUUUCUUUGACUGAGUGCACGAGUCCCAAACAAUUUCUAGAAUCCCAAGAGCAAAUAACACCAGAUGAAAGUAAAAAAGUUUCAGAAUGCAAAAGACCAGAUGCUGAGGCAGAUGCACAGCACCCUUUCACACAUUCUGAUAAAUCAAGGAGUAAGCGAACUAGUGCAGUGAGCAGCCUACCAAAGGACAUAGCUGUUGCUCAGAGAACUGAUGGCAUCGAUAAAAGCAGGGUGCUUGACAGUGGUGAAGACCAAGCAAAAGAAUAUGAGGUGUUCCACAGCAGUGAAAGGUCAAGCAGUGGUAAUGAUUCUGUUGCAUUGUUUCUGAGCAACGGUGAAAGUGAUGAAUCUGAAAAGAGUGAUGUGGCAGACAUAGAUACCGUUGAUGAGAAUCUGUGUUAUAAGAAGUCAGAUGAGAGGACUCCUUCCCUCAACAAAUCUUUAAAAAAGGGUUCGCUGCAUGUUGAAGGUCUUUUUGUAAUUGAUACUGAGCCUGGCAUGAGUUCCAGCCAAAAGUAUUAUCUAGAUGAGAUGGACCGAGAGAGCGAUGCUGAAAGUAAGCAUAAAGGAAAUGAAAAAGGUGAAGAAUCAGAUUUGGAAGAGGAUGAAGAAGAAUUGGUAGAUGAAGAUGAAAAAGAUGAAGAGGAUGAUUUGUUGAAAAAUAAGAUUGACGUUUUACAUCUUUCCAGCAGCAUAGACCCUGGUUUGAAUAUCAAGAAGCUUGGAGGUUUAUAUAUUAGUUUUGAUGCAAAAAAGCAGAAGCCCAGGUCGAGUGUAAUUGAAAAUCCGAAGGAGAAGAAGAAAGACCAGCUCUUGCAGAAGAGUGUAAUAACUCCAGACUUUGAAAAAAAGGAAUGUGUCCCACCCUUCAGGGAAUCACUUCACCAGCUAAAGAAGCAACGCAGGGCAGAGCGAGAGAAAACAACAGGUGACGGCUGGUUUGGUAUGAAAGCCCCAGAAAUCACAACUGAGCUGAAAAAUGAUCUUAAAGUUUUGAAGAUGAGAGCUUCACUGGACCCUAAGCAUUUUUAUAAGAAGAAUGAUAGAGAUGGUCUGCCCAAGUACUUCCAGGUUGGAACUGUGGUUGAUUCUCCCAUAGACUUUUACCAUAGUCGAAUCCCUAAGAAACAAAGGAAGAGAACAAUUGUUGAAGAGCUGCUUGCGGAUUCUGAGUUUAGAAGAUAUAAUAAAAAGAAGUAUCAGGAGAUCAUGAGUGAAAAAGCAGCUUUUGCAGCAGGGAAGAGGAAUCGGAAGAAGAAGAAAUUUCACAAUUAAGAAUUGAAGAAAAAUACCAAGCUGGAACAACUUAUAAAACUUUUUACAGAAUGCUUUGGUUGUGGUGGUAUUCUUUUUUUUUUUUAAGAUUGCAGGUCAUGUGGAAAUUGAGAUUUAGGGAAAUUCUUGCAGUGAGAAUUUGGUAGGGAGCUUUAUCAAAUUAUCAGGUAUCUAAAUUUAAAUUACUUUAUAUUUUAAAAUUAAUUCUAUUUAAAUUAAUGUUUAUGUAAAAUAAUAUUUAUAUGAAAGCAUAUUGUUAAAUCUGAGUAAAAAAUCUGGCUUUGCAGAUUGUUUGAACUGAACUGAGGCUUCAGUGUUUAUAUCAAUUAAUUAAAUUCACUUAAAGUUAUACGUGUAAUUCACCUUGGCACAUGCUGUGUGCCAGAACAAAUUUUUCCAUGUCUUGUCAGGCACUGCUGGCCGACACUGUAACAGAAGGUACUGAAAAAUUGUUUGGUUAUGAAGGGUUUAUUUCAACACUGACUACAACAGGAUUGAGAAUGACCCAGAAUUCAGUGCCUACACAUAUACUUUUAUAUUUAUGUGCGUAUUAUAAUAUAGAUUAUAUAUAUAAUUUAUAAAUAAAUUUAAAUAAGAUACAAAUUACCUAUUGUUUAAGAAAUAAUACAAUUAAGUAAUAUUUAUAUUUAAAAUUUUAACAGUCACAUGUUGUUUUACUACUUUUUUACGAUUUGAUACUUGUCUAAUCUUUUUGAAAAUACUGUGCCAUUGGCAUCCCUUCUGUAGGGUGUGUUGUGCAGGUUGUGGCUGGGAGCUGCCCUGGCGAAGCUCUGCAGGUAAAGGAAUAGAGUGAGUCUGGAAGGCCUCUGCUACCAUUAUGGAGCCAGAGACGUCACAGGCUCAGUUCCCCUUUAGUGACGAGUCAAAGCCUUUUGGGAUUGUCAGAACUGUUGUGGCGUUUAGUCGGGUUUUAAUUACCUGGUUAUUGUAUUGCUGUUACAAUUAGUGUAACUCAGUUACUCCCCUUUGAUUCUUGUAAUACUUUCUGUUUUGUCACACUCUGUGCCCAGUAAGUGCCCAUGUUCUAUGCAGACAAGGUGAGAUGUGCUGGACCGUUCCCAGGGCUGCAGGGUAGUACUUGCAGGUUGUGUUGGCCGGCUUGCCUGUCACCUGGAGCCUUAUCUCGUGAGCACCCUGUUAGUUCAGGUGCUACAUACAGCACCUUUUCUUGAGCACCAACUUACAUAAGAGCACAGACAGGUAGUAUUUGAAAUUGAUAUAAGGUUUAAGGUGCUGGAGAAAGAGUAAAAACAAAAUGAACCAUGUGGUUGCCCAGGCUUAUUAGGUUUCUCUGGAAAAACAAAAACCAUUUUUUACCUAUCAGUUGAGAGUAGUAUUUUAAUGGCUGUCAGACAUACUUGUGUUAAUCUGUAAUUCUGCCUUCAUUGACUUAAACCAUUGCUAACAAGAAAUUUCCCUGAGAUAAAAGGGCAGUAGGUAGUGUGUUGGGUUUUUAAAUAUGUACCUAUUGCUGCUUGGGAUGUCACUGGAAUAUUUUAUACAGACAGUAUUAAUUCCUUCCUCCUCUUUCUUUAUGCUCCCCUUGGUUUUGUUAGUAUUUCUUUUUCAACUUGGGCCAGAGAUAAUGCACUGGUUGUACAGCCCAGGUAGUUCACAGUCCAUCUCCUUAGAGAUGGAGCAAAGACUGUGGUAGGGAUCAGGCUGAUGGUAGCUGAGAUGUUGCUGGUAUGGUUUGUGAACAGAAGUAAAAUAGUUCUUUUUUCCUGU